UAAAUUCUUACAUUGCAAAUUACAAAUACAAAUAAGAAAGCAAAAAUAAUAACAAGAAAAAAAAAUGGUUUUCACUGAGAAGCAGGAGGCAUUGGUGAAUGGUUCAUGGGAAUCUUUCAAACAAAAUCUUCCUCAAUAUAGUGUUUUGUUCUACACUUUUGUAUUGGAGAAAGCACCUGCUGCAAAGGAUCUGUUCUCUUUUUUAAAGGACACACCCAGUGUACAAUAUAGUCCAAAACUUCAUGCUCAUGCUGAAAAAGUUUUUGGAUUGGUGCGAGACUCGGCUGUCCAACUCCGAGCAAAAGGAGAGGUAGUCUUGGGAGAUGCUACAUUGGGUGCAGUUCAUGUUCAGAAGGGAGUUGCUGGUCCACAUUUUGUGGUGGUCAAAGAAGCAUUGCUGAAAACAAUAAAGGAAGUUGCUGGAGACAAAUGGAGCGAGGAAUUGAGCACUGCUUGGGAAGUAGCUUAUGAUGAAUUAGCAACAGCAAUUAAGAAAGCAAUGAAUUGAAAUUAGAAUCUAUAUUAUAAAUAAGAUUUAAAAUAAAAUGUAUCACUAUAACUUGUUAAACAAGUUUCUAUAAUAAAUACUAUUAUUCAACAAAAUCA